AUGAACGAAGGUACUGAUACAUAUAUGGGCUUAGCUUAAGAUGAUGACCUUGGUCCUAUGAAAUCAGUAGAGGGUUACACUCUCUGUGUGACUGGACUGCAUGGUGAAGUAUAAGAAGAAGACUUAUAGGAUCUAUUCGGAGCUUAUGGCCAGGUUAAAAACUUACACUUAAAUUUGGACAGAAGGACAGGCUACGCUAAGGGUUAUGCAUUCUUAGAAUUCGAAGAGCUGAAAAUAGCUAAGAAGGCAAUUGAUGAGUUGAAUGACAAACUGUUGCUUGAAGUAUUCCAUGAACUGCCCAGAGCUGUGAAUUGGUUUCCAGGGCAUAUGAAGAAAGCAAUACUAGAACUGGAGACUGAGAUGAAAAAAACAGAUCUGUUUAUCGAGGUCAGAGAUGCUAGGAUACCUUAUACAUCACACAACACUGAGCUGCUUUCACACAUCCCAUUAAACAUGAAAAGACUUAUAGUUUUUAACAAGAUGGACUUGGCCAAUGAAAAGAAAACACUUCAGAUAAUAUAGGAUAUUCAGAAUAAGGACAAGAACGCUAAUACCUUGCAUAUAAGCACUAAAAAGAACGUGAAUGUGAGUAAACUAUUGACCUUUAUUUAGAAGAACAUUUCACCUUAGUUUAAGACUGUAGGGGCAUGGGUGAUGAUAGGAGGAAUACCCAAUGUAGGCAAGUCCACUAUCAUCAAUGCUUUGAGGAAAAAGGAUGAAAAUGCAGAAAUCACAAAGAAGAGUGGAGCCAAAGUUGGUGGAAUACCUUGUAUCACUAAGACAAUUACUGGGUUCAAGAUAAUGAGUGAUCCACCCACAUAUAUGGUUGAUACUCCAGGCAUCAUACAACCUAAAAUCAGAGAAAACAGCGAGGAUGGAUUAAAAUUGUGUGCCUGUAAUAAUAUCCGAGAUGGCAUCAUAGAGUUGGAGUUUGUCUGCGAUUAUAUACUAUUCAAGUUAAAUAAAGAUCAGAACUUUGCCUAUGUAAAUAGGUUUAGUCUGCCCAAUAGAAAGCCAAAUGAUAAUUUGCAUGAAGUGUUGAAUAGCGUGAUGAAUAGAUUUAAGGUUCAAUAGAGAAGUAAUGCAGUUGAUAUAUUUUUAAGAGAUUUCAGGGAGGGAAAGCUUGGCUAGAUUACAUUAGAUGAAUUAGCGAAAUGA